AAACCAAAAAAACCUGGAAGAUAUUUUUCGGUCUUGAAGCUCUGUUUAUUUCACUGUGUAUUUGCUGUGCCUUGAAUACUGAUUGGAAUAGGGAGCAUGGUUGCCAGUCAUGAAUGGGUGCUCAUUUAUGGAAGAAAUUUGUGUUAAAUAAGUGUGUUAAAUAAUUAAGUAAUAUGGAAGAAAUAAGUGUUAAACAUCAUGGUGAGUUACUUUGUAUGCAGCUGAGAGCUGUUUUUUGGAGAUACCAAGGUAGUGUAAUACAACUUGGUUGGUCCCUGGUUUUAGUGGUGAGGAUAUCAGAGGAGCUGCAGGUAGAAUGCAUGACCUCUUAGUGCUGUGUGCCUCUGCAGUACGUUUUUGGGGAUGAAACAGGACAUUUAUACGGUUAUUAAGGACAUGAUUUAGUGGUAGACUUGGCAGUGUUGUGCUUAUGGUUGCACUUCACGGCCUAAGGGGUGUUUUCCAACCUAAAUGUUCUGUGAUUUUUGCAGCAUUUCCCCUCAUAUCAGCGUUUCUGUUUUAAUGGGUACUUCCCCUCUCUGAACGAGGCGUGCUCUCUGAGUGGGAAAAGACAAGUUAGAGAUUUGUAGAGGCUUCUACCUCUAGUAAUCUGGACAUCUUUGUUUUGGCAUAUAAAGUGCUGUAUUUCUUUGUAGUUUUCAGUAGCAACUUGCCGCUUGCAAUACAAAUAAAAGACUAUGACAGUACUGCAAGGGGGGCUGAAGGGAGAAGUGGUAAUUAGAUGCUAAUUACUCAUGCAUAAUUACUCAUGGGUCAAUUAGUAUAAAAAUUUGCAAAUUUAUUUCUUAAUACUGAAGGACUAAGCUUUGAGCCUUGUCUCUUCACUGUGUUUUUGUUGUGUCUCGAACACUGAAUAGGUUUAGAUGUUUUCUGGUUGUGACUUGGCUCGAUCGUGGGAGAGGUAAUUACCUGCUCAGUUAUUACAGGCUGAUUACUGGGGAUGUUGUGUGUGUGCUUCUGCACAGGGCUGAUGUUUCUCAGGCUUUCAGUUUAGGCCAUCAUAGCCUUUAAUUGCUGGAGAACAGUGAGUGGAAAUCACACACCAUUUGGGAAUUGCCUAUCUGUUUCUAGAUUUAAUAAAUGGAAACCUGUAUACCCUGCAGGUCUGGAGGUGUCAUGCAAAUUGGGGUCUUUGAGAAGUACUGGUUGUAUACUGGUAAUUGCCCUGAUUUGGUGCCCUGAGUCUGCUGCUUUUCCAAGGCCAGCUAAUGUGUGCUGCUUACCUGAAAGGUGUGAAGGUGUAUGCUGUUGUAAAGGCACCUGGAGGAGUCUGGAGCAAUGCCACCACCUUCAGACAUUGUGAAAGUGGCUGUUGAGUGGCCAGGUGCCAAUGCCCAGCUGCUGGAAAUAGAUCAGAAAAGGCCUCUUGCAUCCAUCAUCAAGGAGGUCUGUGAUGGGUGGUCCUUGCCAAACCCUGAGUACUACACACUGCGUUAUGCUGAUGGUCCUCAGCUGUACAUCACAGAGCAGACUCGCUGUGACAUCAAGAAUGGAACUAUCCUACAGCUGGCAGUCUCCCCGUCCAGGGCAGCUCGCCAGCUGAUGGAGAGGAUCCAGUCUCACAGCAUGGAAGCCCGGCUGGAUGCCAUGAAGGAAUUGGCCAAACUUUCAGCAGACGUCACCUUUGCCACAGAGUUCAUCAACAUGGAAGGGAUUACGGUGCUGACACGGCUUGUGGAGAGCGGGACCAAGCUUCUAUCCCAUUAUAGUGAGAUGUUGGCUUUCACCCUGACUGCCUUCUUGGAGCUCAUGGACCACGGUAUUGUCUCCUGGGACAUGGUCUCAAUAACCUUCAUCAAACAGAUUGCAGGGUAUGUGAGUCAGCCCAUGGUGGAUGUGUCCAUCCUGCAGCGCUCCCUGGCCAUCCUGGAGAGCAUGGUGCUCAACAGCCAGACUCUGUACCAGAAGAUUGCAGAGGAGAUCACCGUGGGGCAGCUCAUUUCCCACCUGCAAGUCUCAAACCAAGAGAUUCAGACAUAUGCCAUUGCCUUGAUCAAUGCCCUCUUCCUGAAGGCCCCUGAGGACAAGAGACAGGAAAUGGCUAAUGCAUUUGCCCAGAAGCACCUGAGGUCUAUAAUCCUAAAUCAUGUGAUCAGAGGAAACCGCCCCAUUAAAACAGAAAUGGCACAUCAGCUCUACGUCCUGCAGGUCCUGACCUUCAAUCUCCUGGAAGAGAGAAUGAUGACCAAGAUGGAUCCCAAUGAUCAGGCACAGAGAGACAUCAUAUUUGAGUUGAGAAGAAUUGCAUUUGAUGCAGAGUCUGACAGCAACACCGUCCCUGGCAGCGGAACAGAGAAGCGCAAAGCCAUGUACACCAAGGACUACAAGAUGCUGGGAUUCACUAAUCACAUCAAUCCAGCCAUGGAUUUUACACAGACUCCUCCUGGGAUGCUAGCAUUGGACAACAUGCUUUACUUGGCCAAAUUUCAUCAGGACACCUAUAUCAGGAUUGUUCUAGAGAACAGCAGUCGAGAAGAUAAACACGAGUGUCCCUUUGGGCGCAGUGCCAUUGAGCUCACCAGGAUGCUUUGUGAGAUCCUGCAAGUUGGGGAACUCCCCAAUGAAGGCAGAAAUGACUAUCACCCCAUGUUUUUCACCCAUGACCGUGCAUUUGAGGAACUGUUUGCCAUCUGUAUCCAGCUGUUGAACAAGACGUGGAAAGAAAUGAGGGCGACGGCAGAAGAUUUUAAUAAGGUUAUGCAGGUUGUUAGGGAACAGAUCACAAGGGCUCUCCCCUCUAAACCAAACUCCUUGGACCAGUUCAAGAGCAAACUGCGCAGCCUGAGCUAUUCAGAGAUUCUGCGACUACGCCAGUCUGAGAGAAUGAGCCAAGACGACUUCCAGUCUCCACCUAUUGUGGAGCUGAGAGAGAAAAUCCAACCUGAGAUCUUGGAGCUGAUAAAGCAACAGCGCCUGAACAGGCUUUGUGAGGGAAGUAGCUUUAGAAAAAUUGGAAAUCGCAGAAGACAAGAAAGAUUCUGGUAUUGUCGCCUGGCUCUGAAUCACAAGGUGCUGCACUAUGGGGAUUUGGAAGACAAUGCCCAGGGGGAAGUGACCUUUGAAUCUUUACAAGAAAAAAUUCCAGUUGCAGACAUCAAAGCCAUUGUCACAGGGAAGGAUUGUCCACACAUGAAGGAGAAAAGUGCACUGAAACAGAAUAAGGAAGUGUUAGAAUUGGCCUUCUCCAUAUUAUACGAUCCCGAUGAGACCCUGAACUUCAUUGCACCUAAUAAAUAUGAGUACUGUAUCUGGAUUGAUGGGCUUAACGCUCUCUUGGGGAAGGACAUGUCCAGUGAGCUGACCAAGAGCGACCUGGACACGCUGCUGAGCAUGGAAAUGAAGCUGAGGCUCCUGGACUUGGAGAACAUCCAGAUCCCCGAAGCGCCGCCGCCGAUCCCCAAGGAGCCGAGCAGCUACGACUUCGUGUACCACUACGGCUGAGCCACGGGCAGCCGAGCCCGCUCGGGCCGUGCGGCGGGGGCCGCCGCUUGCAGCCGUGCCGCGGGCCCGGGGCGGGGGCCCUGCCGCCGCCCGCCUUUUGUAUCGGUUCCAAUAAUAACCAGUAGCGCUCCUCGCC